AUGCAAAGAUUCGUAGGGGAUCUCAACCCUGAAGCUGUCAUCCGCGAGAGACUGGAUGGUCCGUCUUCGAAGCCUUUAAGAGACCGGAUUGGGCUGUGGAUCAGCUCCGCCGGUCAAGAUGAUAUUGAUGGCGACAACAAUAGUUACGGGAGACAACAAAGGCAAUCAUCUGGCAUGCACUUCCCGUCUGCAGCAGGUCUACCGUCUCAACAACCCAUCGCAGCAUUUUUGCAGCAACGAUAUGCCGCUGCUCUGCAGGCCUGUGAGCGCCUGCCAUUGUCAACUCGGGACCGAUUGAUCCCGAUUUACUUUUCCCGGGUCAAUCACAUGUUGCCAUUACUUGAUAAGGAUUUCUUUCUGAAAGCGCAUUCCGAUGGAACGGCUUCUAUAUUCCUCGAGAGGGCACUAUGCUUGGUAGCAGCAAAAGAUCGAGCAGCAGGGCCUGCAUUGCGUCUGACUAUUGACGGCCCGGUUUUGAGUCCUCGGCAGUUCUGUACUGAAAUCUACAGAGGACUUGCAGUUGCAAUGAACGCAGGACUCGAGACCGAUCGUAUCACCGGUAUCCGCAUUCUGGCGCUCAUGUCGCUGCACUGCGAGGGCUAUGAAGGUGCAGAAGCAGCAUCGAUGAAUAUCUGCCAGGCAAUUCACCAGGCUCAAACUGCAGGGUUACAUCUGAAUCGACCCGGCCGGGCACCGGGAGACUCGCUCUCUAAGCUUUUCUGGUGCCUUUGGACUUUAGACAAGAUGCACGCCAGUAUUGGCGGCCGCCCUAUUAUUUUGGCUGACCGCGACAUCGGGAUUGAGAAGCCUGAUCCCAAGAUUUCUGCGCCCCGAUCUGCCUUUGACGUUUGGCUGGCUAUUUCUGACCUGCUGUCGACGGUGAUAUCGUUUUAUCGACCUUCAGCAGAUCAUAAUGUUGGAUGGGAAGACAAUUUCCCAACUUUUGAACAGAUUGUCGGCGACCAUAUGCGAGAUGAUCUUGACUUUACCACUCUUGGUAUCCUGGAAUUGUACUACCAUGCGGUUGGCAUUCUUUCAUGCAGACCGAAACUGUCCGAUCGAUCUGACGGUUUGGAGCCAUCAUAUGUUCGCCAAGGUCUUGCGGCUGUCCGGAUAAACUCUAUUGUUGCUUCUGAAUGCUCGCAGGAUCUCCCACCUCUACCUGUUGUUCCAUAUGCCCUCUCCCUCUCAAUGGGAGUUUCAUACCAGCAAUUCCGCUCUAGUAAGCUGAUCACUCAUUUUGACCGAGCUAAGCGUGGCUUGGAAGCUUGUUGCGCCCUACUAGAAAGUCUGGGAACGUAUUGGUACUCUGCAGAAGCCAUGGCUCGACUGGGACGCAAAGCAUUGCACUAUAUCGAGGGACUAAAACCGGAAACUCGCGGACAUGGCUUUGAGUCCGAGAAGCAAACAUCAGCUGGCAAGGUAUCCAAUUCUACUGUUUCAGCGUCAGCGCCUGCCAUGGCAUGGUCAUUCUAUCAUCAUCCAAACGACUUGGUUUCUUCCGGUGAAGUGGUUCCUCGUGAGGAUCUAGCCACCGCCUCUGCCCAGGAACUUUCCGCGCUGGGAUCCUUGGAGCCUAGUGUGGGAGGACCUGACGUUCCCGGAUAUGACAGUUUCGCAGAUAUAGAUAUGCUGUUUGGGGAUUUCCUGGAUUUGUCUCUCCCGACCAACUUCUGGGACCCCGUCUUCUUCACAGAGGAAGGCCACAACGAUGGAGCAGUCUGA